AUGCCCCGUCCCGGACAGGUCCUCGGUCUUGUCGGAACAAACGGUAUUGGCAAGAGUACUGCACUGAAGAUUCUCAGUGGCAAGCUCAAGCCUAACUUGGGACGCUUCGACAACCCACCCGACUGGGAGGAGAUCCUGAAGUACUUCCGUGGGUCUGAGCUGCAGAACUACUUCACCAAGAUCCUCGAAGACAACUUGAAGGCUGUCGUCAAACCCCAGUAUGUCGACCAGAUCCCCAAGGCCAUCAAGGGGCCAGAGAGAGCUGUUGGAAAGCUCAUCGGUGCGCGCGCGCAGAUGGACAAUCUGGACGACAUGAUCGACGAGCUCGAGCUCAGGCACAUCUUCGACCGCGAGGUCAACCUGCUCUCUGGCGGAGAAUUGCAGCGUUUCGCUAUUGCCCUUGUCUGUGUACAAAAGGCCGAUGUCUACAUGUUCGACGAGCCUUCUUCGUUCUUGGAUGUCAAGCAGCGUCUUGCUGCUGCUCGCAAGAUUCGUAGCCUGCUCCGCCCUGACGACUACGUUAUCUGCGUCGAGCACGAUUUGUCCGUUCUUGACUACCUUUCCGACUUCAUCUGCGUUCUUUACGGAAAGCCUGCCGUUUAUGGUGUUGUCACGCUCCCAGCAUCCGUCCGUGAAGGCAUCAACAUCUUCCUUGACGGUAACAUCCCUACCGAGAAUUUGCGUUUCCGCGAGGAAUCGCUCCAGUUCCGCAUUGGUGAGGCUGGCGAUGACGAGUUCAUGAUCGAUCACAACCACGACUACAGCUACCCGAAAAUGUCCAGGACCCAGGGCAACUUCAAGCUGAACAUUGAAGCUGGACAGUUCAACGACUCCGAGAUCAUCGUUAUGAUGGGUGAGAACGGUACUGGAAAAACCACCUUCUGUAAGAUGCUUGCCGGUGCUCUGCAGCCUGAUGGCACAACCAAGAUUCCCAAGAUGAGUAUUUCUAUGAAGCCUCAGACAAUCACGCCCAAGUUCCAGGGUACCGUCCGCCAGCUGUUCUUUAAGAAGAUCAAGGCUGCUUUCUUGAGCCCUCAGUUCCAGACUGAUGUCUACAAGCCGCUCAAGAUGGACGACUUCGUGGACCAGGAAGUUCAGAACCUGUCGGGUGGUGAAUUGCAGCGUGUCGCCAUUGUCCUCGCUUUGGGUAUUCCCGCCGACAUCUAUUUGAUCGACGAGCCCAGUGCUUACCUCGACUCCGAGCAGCGUAUCAUCGCUGCUCGUGUCAUCAAGCGAUUCAUUAUGCACGCUAAGAAGACUGCCUUCGUCGUCGAGCACGAUUUCGUCAUGGCCACCUACCUUGCCGACCGUGUCAUUGUGUUCGACGGUCAGCCCGCCGUCAACGCUCGCGCCCGCGCCCCUGAAUCCCUCCUCUCUGGAUGCAAUUCCUUCUUGAAGAACCUGGACGUUACCUUCCGUCGUGACCCCAACUCAUACCGCCCUCGUAUCAACAAGUACAACUCUCAGCUUGAUCAAGAACAAAAACUGAGCGGAAAUUACUUCUUCUUGGAGGACGAUUCUUGA